AUGUCCCUGCCUGCCCACGAGGGACAAAGAGAUGUAGACGAUGUCGAUGGCAUACUGUCACGCCUAACUCCGGUGGCGGAAAAGGUCACUGGCAAGCAUGUCUGCUGGAAGAGAUCAGAUGGAUCGGAGCUACCCCAGAUGCGGAUACCAGAGUGGAAUGAUACGACGCAGGAUGGUUUCGGUGGCAUCAAUGUCGCAGGUGCUUUCACCGCUGCAUCACUAUCCUUAAAAAGCUUGGCAGCAACUUACUGUGGAGUGUGGCCUAUUCCUGUUGACAACUUUAAAGAGUCCGAAGCGCAAAGUUACCAACCUUGCAUCUCGCAAAUCUUGCAUCUCUUCAACCAGAUGAAGAAAGCCAAGGCAGCUUCAAACGACUUCCUUGAACAAGACUGGCUUACCGCUUCUUUCCAAUCGAUAACGGAUAAGUACGAUCGCCAGGACGUGUUCACCAAAAGUAUGGGCGUCGAAACGGUUGUUAACAAGGACUUUUUGAAACGAAACACUGAAAGGCAGUCGGAACUAGAAGAAAUUAACUAUUUUGGAUUCCCUGAAACCGUUUUGAAGACGCAUUUGCGAGACCUCGUGAAGAAAGUCCAGCAGGAGAACAAGAGGAUGUUCCUUUUCCAUUUUACUAGCACGACACAUCAUCCUUGGGGACUGCCAGGCAAUUUCGAAAGGAGAGAGUAUAUGAACACGAAGGGGAAGAUGGCAUGGCACAAAGACUUUAACAACUACUUGAACACUAUCCGGUUCACGGAUGCAUGGCUCGGCGAGCUUCUGCAACUGUUCGAUCAUCAAGGUAUCGCUAAUGAGACACUUGUGGUUCUUGUCGGCGACCACGGGCAAGCAUUCAGAGAGGAUGUCUCCACUAGGACCGGCACGUACAAGAAUGGUCACAUCAGCAAUUUUCGCGUGCCUAUCACUUUCAGGCACCCUAGUAUUCCUCGUGUACAGUAUGAAGCGAGCGCAACUUCCAUCUCCAUUCUUCCGACGAUAUUGGACUUGCUCAUCAACACGGGAUCACUCAACCGCUGGGAUACAGCUAUCGCAUCUGAUCUCAUUCAAGAUUACGAAGGGCAGUCGCUCAUCCGGCCCUACAAGCCCAUGAAAAAUGGCCGCCGGGCGUGGAACUUUGGCAUCGUCAACAGCGGUGCAAGCAUGCUGACAGUGACGUCUGCAGAUGCGCCCUGGAGACUUGUCAUGCCCCUUGACCGUACAUCCCGAUGGAGAUUUACUGACUUGAAGAACGACCGACUUGAACUUGAGCCUCUAGAGAAUUGGUCAGUGGAACAACUGAUAAGUGAUAUAAGACAUAUCCAUGGCGAGGAAGCGUCACGUUGGACUAGGGAGGCUAAUGCGGUGGCCAACUGGUGGGCGGUGGAGAACAAAAGACUUUGGGGGUUAUAA